CUUACACCACACCAAACUUGUCCUUCUUCAACCUCUCUCUCUCUCUCUCUCUCUGUGUAAUCCUACAGACCUUCUCUGCUCCAUAAAUUUCCAUAGCAAACUUUCUUUCUCUCUCUCUCUCUCUCUCUGUCGCUCUCUAUUUUCUCAGGUAGGAAACAAAUCGUUAUUCUCUUCUGGCUCGCCUCUCAUCUCUCUAUUCUUCAACGGAGAAUUAAUCAACUGCUGAGAAAUCCAUUUUCUCUUUUGCUUCCUUCAUAAAAUACCAUAUCUAUUCAACUGGAUUUCUCUGGUUUUUAAUUUAUUAUUUAUCCAGGCGUAAAUGCUUUUUAGAUCACCAACAGAAUUGUUAUUUAUUCUCUGAAAGAUCAACCAGAAAGAAAUCAGGAAAAAGAAAAAGGACAUAUAUUACAUAUAUAUAUAGGAAGUAUCAUGUUGGAUCUCAAUCUUGAUGUGCUUGUCGCGAGUGAAUCUUCCUCCUGUGAUAAUCAUCGGGAGGACGAGAAGACGAUGACGGUGUUAGCAGAGCCGUACAAGUUAACUGCUGAAGCUAGAGCAGGUUCGGUCAGGACACAAAUGGAGGAAGAAUAUUCCGGCACCUCCAACUCCUCCAUAAUCAACUCCCUCGACGAAGCUCCGACCAAUGCCGGUGACGAGGACUACUCCAACAACACCGGCUCCGCUUUCAUUUUGACAUCUAUCAAGAGAGGAGUUGACGAUGAUGACGACAGAGACGAGAAAUAUCCGUCACCGGAUUCUGUUACCCAGCAACUUUUUCCGGUCGCCGGAGAAAAAAGUGGUCCUGGAGUAGAGUUCGGGUUCGGGGUAGGGAGUUCGGUAAGGCUUGACCGUCAAUGGCUCAAUUUAUCAUGUGCUAAGGGUAGCGCGGAGGCAAUUGAAGGGCAGAAAAUUGUGCCUCAAAAGGUGAAGAAAAGCAGAAGAGGGCCAAGGUCUAGAAGCUCUCAGUACAGAGGAGUCACCUUCUACCGGCGAACAGGUCGCUGGGAAUCACAUAUAUGGGAUUGUGGGAAGCAAGUUUAUUUAGGUGGGUUUGACACUGCUCAUGCUGCAGCAAGAGCAUAUGAUCGAGCUGCUAUCAAAUUCCGAGGAGAUGAUGCCGAUAUCAAUUUCAGUUUAUCCGACUACAAAGACGAGAUCAAACAGAUGAGACACUUGAGUAAAGAAGAAUUUGUUCACAUUCUCCGUAGACAGAGCACCGGGUUUUCCCGAGGAAGUUCAAGAUUCCGAGGUGUGACACUGCAUAAAUGCGGCCGUUGGGAGGCUAGAAUUGGACAAUUCCUUGGAAAGAAUGCUUACGACAUGGCAGCCACUAAGUGUAAUGGAAGAGAAGCAGUAACCAAUUUUGAGCAAAGUAACUUCAAAAUUAAUGGAGGAAGUGGCCAGAACCUCGACCUAAGCCUUGGAAUUUCUCUUACUCCAAGUAGGAGAGAAAAUGUGGGGGAUUUGCAGGCUUGUAGCAGUGAAACACCCUUGAAAGGGAUGUCACUGCUUGAGACUUCUGCUUCUGCAUAUCUUGGUGGGCAACAACCAAAUCCUAAUACUUUAUUGUCUGGGAUGUAUCCUGUUUCAUCACCAAACCUCAGGGAACAAACCGGAGAGAGGGCAAUAGAAGCAGCUUCAUCGAUGAGAUCUUCGUUGUCGUGGACAUGGCAAAGCAAUGGGAAUGUUGGUCAAAUGCCUAUUUUGAAUAUAGCAGCAUCAUCAGGAUUCUCUUCUACUGCUACCCUUCAACAAAAGAUACACUAUAACAAUAACAAUCCUACCCAAAAUCUCUGCCUUGUCAACCAUCAAAAAUUCUCAUAAUUCCAGUUUUGGUGCAUGAAUGGUGCUGUAUUUUAGAAAGUUAGGUGAGGUAGAAUUUAUGGUAAAGUAGCAGCUUGUAUUUACUUCA